UCUCUAGUUUGUUAUGAACUAUCGAAAUUGUUCAGUUCCAGUACUAUAUAUGCUAUUGAUUUUACUCUGCUCCACCACAAGCCAGGCCGGCUCUGGCUGCGGCCGCGGCCAAGCCAAGCAGCGCGUGAGGCGCCUCUCCUCGCCACAGUUUGACAGCGAGCGCAGCUUGGAGCUGGCCAAGUAUGUGGUCUCCAUACGCUCCCGCAGCUAUCGCAAGCUCUUUGGCGACAAUCACUUCUGCGGCGGCGCCAUAAUUGCGCCCAAGUUUGUGCUCACCGCGGCCAGGUGCUCAAUGAGCAAUCACAUGGUGCUGCAUUUAGGUCGCUCGCUCAUUGUGGUCGCCGGCACGCCCAACAGGCUCAAGUCGGUGCCAGACGAAACGAUCGAGAAAGGCGUGAGCAGCGUGCACGUGCCCAAGGAUUACAAAGCGCUCAAGUCCAGCGACAUUGCGCUGCUGCAAUUGACAGCGGCUUGGCCAACGAAUCAUCCGUCGAUCAAUAUACUCAGAUUGCCCGUAGCUGCGCCCAUCAGCGGCCAGAACUACACUGCGCUGGGCUGGGGACGCAUCUAUAAGGGUGGACCGUUGGCCAUGAAUAUUCUGCACAUUGAUGUGCUGCUGCUGGACGCAAAGCAGUGCGCGGAGUUGCUGCCACGCCUACAGCCGGACAUGCUAUGCGCUGGGAAUCUGCAGACGCAGCUGGACGCGAGUCCUUGUGCCGGCGACACCGGAUCCCCGUUGCUCAACAACGAUACGCUCUAUGGCGUGGUCUCGUAUAAUCUCGGCUGUGGUGAUCAGAAGCGGCCGUCCAUCUAUACGGAUGUUUGGUAUCACUUGCAGUGGAUUGAGCAAACAAUGAAGAGUGCUGCCUGCUCGCUAGAUGGCGCUUUGAGCAGCAUGCUGCUAGCCUGGCUUCUACUGUCUGUGCUUGGAGCAUAAGCGGAGCGCAUCUCUAGCAAAUAAAUGUGUGUGAAAAA